AAAGUUAGUCUGUUUCGCGCAGCGGAGAGAUGAACGUCGUACGUUUAUUCGCAGCCAUCCUGGUGUGAUAGCUCACGUAAAACUCAAAAUUGCUGAAUGUAUUAAUUAAACAUGGCAGAAUUAGUACUCGCGCUGAUGAAGUACGUUAUCUAGUUGUGCCGUAAGAGUUGCGCUUUGCGUACCUAUAUAUAUAACACUAGCAGAAAACAGUUUGUGAAAAAGUUUUAAACGUGAUUAAGUGUUUUUUUAUUUAAUUAUUUAUAAGUACCCGUAAAAAAUUUUCAUUUUGAACUUUUGUCAUUUUUCAUGCCGCACUUUGACAAUCUGAAGCAUUUGCAAAUGAAGGUUGUACCUUGGUGAUGGUGAUGUUUCUUUUCGAAAAGUAACAGUAAGAUUAACGAAGGCUCGUAAGUAUGCGCUAUGCGGUUCGAACGAAAACAGUGAAAAGUGCUAGCGACGAUGAAGAUUUUAUUUUUUAAAUUGCUGUGUCUUGUUUACGCCAUAAACAAUAAUAGUGUAAUCGGCUAUAAUAAAAACGGUUAUGUUUCGAAAAACGAAUACAUGAGACCACAUCAAAAACACCAUUUCGGUAGUUCUAGUGACAAUAAAAUAAUAGAAUCGCCGUUGUAUAAAAAUAACUUUUUUCACAAUCGCAUUUCUACAACUGAACAGCCCAUUAAAAUAAGGCAUUCGCAUCAUCCCCACUUAGAUGGACUAAUUUCGAAAAUGACAAGAUUUCCUAGCACUGCGACCGUGCAACAUGACAAGACUGAUAAAAAAGAUUCAACAGAAAUCGAAGACGGAUUUGGAGAUGAUGAAAAUGAUAACGACGAUUUGGAAAGUUUAGCUCCUGAUUAUGACGAAUGGGAAGAAAAGGAAGAAACGGAAAACGAUAACGAUUUUGAUGAUGAAGAUGAAGAAUUAGAUGGCAAUAAUGGUGAUGACGAUUAUGGUAGUUGGCAGGCAGAAGAAGCGCCACAGCAAUCCCAGUACCCAUACCAAUCUCAAUCACAAAAUUCACCUUUUACACAGUUCAAAUGGGAUACAUUUGGAUCAUGGCAGAAUGUUGAGAAGGCUCGAAGACAACUUCUUGAAAAUUCGAAUAACCUGGGUGAAAUAAAUCGAACAAUAGCUCUGCAACACGUCAGAAAGAUAUUUUACGAAAGUAAGUGCAGAGUUCCGUAUGCAAAAAUUAUUUCCGUUCAAGACAUCCAUCCUGACAGCAGGAAAACAUACACUCCCCGAUGCACAAAACUUUACAGGUGUGCAGAAGACACCGGAUGUUGUGAAAAUCAUCAAAUUUGCGGUAUGAAGAAUCAAGAGAUAGUGGAAUUGUAUUUUUUUAUUAAAACUGUUGGCGAUGAAGGCAAUAAAAUAGAGAAACUGUCUUUUUACAAUCAUACAGAAUGUGCCUGUUUAGACAGAGCCAACGCUACCGUUAAAAGUAGAUCGAAUUCUGAACCUGGACAGGGUGACAUGCCGAGAAUUACAGGUUUAUCAGUAUUGCGUCCCACUAAAUUAUCACCAGCGGAAAAUAUAAAGAGGUGUAAAUGUCCUGCCGAAUAUAAACCACGUUUUCAACAUUAUUACUUAAGGUGCCAUUGUGAUUGUUACGAAGGGAAUGUAGAUUGUUUACGAAUGAAAAGAGGAAACGAAUAUUUUUCGUUGAAAGAUAGGCUAUGUAUCAAAAACUCUCAGUGUGGAACACCUGCUUGUGAAUAUGGAAGCUAUCAGCAUAAUCUUGGAAGAUGUCCAAAACACCACGAGCAAAGAAAUAAUGUCGAUGAUUAAUGAUAAGUGUAUAAUUAAACGAACGAUGGGCGAUGCGCUGAGAAAACUGCCUAGAUACCCAUACCUACCGCAAUUUACGUACAUUGAUUGACAACAUGUGACGAUGGUAAAGUUGAAGAAUAUUUCGUUUGUUCUACCAGAAAACGAAAACGCAGAUAUAACCAACCCCUUCUCCUCCUCCUUUCCUCCCCCUACGUGUUUGUUCAUUAGUAUAAAAUGCACGUACAGUACUUACUUAAGUACUACUAUCCUAAUAGUGUAUUCAUGCCAUACAAAUGAAACCAAUGUUUAUAUGUACAGUUAAAUGCAAAAAAUUUUGUCUUGGAACAAAAUUUUUGCACCGGACGGUAUAUUUACGGUACCCUAGUCGAAUGAUUAAAGUAUUUUAUUUUUUACUAUUGUAUGUAAAUGUAACAAAAAAACACCCUAAUCCAAAGGGUGCUUUGUAAUUCGAAUAAAAAACAUUCGCCAUAUUGAAA